GUCGAUGACGGUGAGAGGUGGCAGAAGAUGUUGGCAAUGAUCAAGAUGAAUGGCACAGCCAGCCCAGAUCAGGCAACCUCGGAUUGAUGCUUGAGGUUGCGGCGUGAGCACUGCAUCUUUGACUAGCCCGUUUGAGCAACAUACAGACAGUGAAUCAGAUCCGAACCUGAUGUUUUGGUAUUGGUAUUGUCAAAGCGAAUUCUCCGCAGUUCAAUCGCUAUAGAACAUGGACACUACGAGUGUUCUUUUCGGCUGCUAUGUUCCCUUCUUCUUGCGGUCUCCCUCAUCUUCACCAUCAUAACGAGCGUUCGUUACCACUCCCAACAUGCAUGGGCACGACUGUGUUCGCUUCAUGCGAGCGCACCAAUUUUGGGCAAGAUGGAAGCGGGCACAACGGCGGAAUAAAGGCACCAAAGACGCUCUGGAUUUUUUCCUAAUAAGCCCUUUUUCCUUCUCUGACCCAGCAGCCAUGAGCGAUGAGGGGUUGCCCCCAGACCACGAAGAAGAGGAUACCAUCAUCUAUAUCACAUCUCAAUCUAAUCCCCUUCUUUCGUCUCUCUCCUCCUCGGAAGAGAGCUUAUCGCGACCCACUACCCCGCACGCAGAGGCCGAGCCCCCAUCCAUGACUGUGGAUAAACGCCUACCACGUCCACUCCCAGUUGCUCCCGGAGUUCCAUUAAUACCGACCCGCAAGGUCCGAGCAUUACCCACUCCACCGGAUACCCCACCGGCCACUCAACGAAAUCCCAUCACCAUACCCCCACGGCUGGAGAUUGCCACCAAAAUGCUUCAAGCCCUCGCAGACGCCACCGAUUCACCGAUCGUGCUCGCCACAGGGCUACCAACCCCUAGUCGCGGCUGUCUUACCCCAUUUGACUUGGAGAUUCAAUCCAUCUCAACUCCAAUUGACUGGAAACUUCUGGAGGAGGCAUUAGGAUGUUGCUAGAGUCUUGAUCACACAUCGAUGCACUAUUUAUUGAUGUAUCUUUAUUGCACGUCGAUAGCUUUUUGGACCUUUUCCCUUCCGCGCAUUACUUGGCUGUAUAUAUGCAUUAUAAGAGAUGUGAAGCUUGGACGCAUGAAGUGAACUGUAUAUAUAUACAUGUACUGCUCAUUGUUUUUUUUUUUUUU